GCAAAGAGGAGAGAAGGCGCAAGUCAGCCAAUUGUUCUCCAACGUACAUUGUAAAAAACGCAUAUUUUGACUCAGAAGCGUACCUUGAGCUGGACAACAGCCUCGGCAGUCACACCGUCGAGAGUGACGAGAACUGCGAGCUUCUUGGUGGUUCCGGCGUCGCGCAGCGAGUGAGCAAGCACCAAUGCGCCUGAUAUUUCGUUAGUGACAACACGUCUUAAAGAGUGAUUGGCUAGAGAAAACUCACCAGGAAGGUAGGCAUCGUUCAACAGAAGCUAUAUCAAGAGAGCCACGCCGCGGCGAUAAGUCAGCUUGCCGUUCUUUGAGCUAUAUACAACGCAGAUAACAGGCGGGGAAGGGAGCAGCAAGGACGAACCGUAGCAUAAGCAUGCUCGCCCGAGCUUGGAUCAGCCAUUAUGAGCUAGAUGAGCAAAAAGUUAUAGCUAGAUGCGCAAAAGAGAAUGGAAGAAGACGUUGAGAGGGGUAUUCCGCAGAUCUCUGAAGACACGCUUACGGGACAGAGACGCGAGGAACGGCCUUUACGGAGGAGGAGCAGAGGGAAUAAGAAGAAGAGGGGAAGGGAAGAAGAGGAGCUCCGGGAGUGGGAACAGCAGCGGUAGAAAUAACGAAAGCGUUGGGAGGCAACAGUACGGUGAUGGAGGUUGGAAUUGGGUACGGCGCAAGAGGGUGGCGUAGUUUAAGGUGCCGUCGGGCUGGCGCUACUUUUUCUCGCCUUCUUGAAUCGUCGAUGCGACUGCG